CUCGUCUGUGCCAGGAACUACGAUCAUGAUGGUGCGUAGUACGCAUUAGUCACCCUGCGCCCAGAAACCGCCCAGUUAGCGUUUCCGCUGUCACCCAAAGUAUCGGGAACAUACACUCCUGGCUCGACUUCCAACCAUCCGGAACAGACGUCUCAAGCAGCCGCCUAACCUUGCCAGAAACAGCGACCCUCCGCAUGCAAUAAAAGCAGCCCGGCCUACGAUGUUCUGCCGCGCCCAAGCGCAUCUCACUUUCGAGAGGCCCACUUUGCCCUCCAAGCUUCACCGACCAAACCCUUAGUCUUCACGACUAACACCUACACUUCCCCGUCGCCAUGUCUUAUGGGUGGACGCCCGACACGAACGUGGCCAACUUCGAGGGAUACGGCAUAUUGGCCGACUGCAGCCUAGCAGGCUACGUACCCGCGCUCCCGCCGAACCAGACCCAGCUCACGAUCCCGAGCAACUUGGAUCCGGAGUUCCUCGGUCUUGCGUUCGGCGUGCAGAACUACACCUGCUCGUCUAGCAACAGUUACACGAGUGUCGGCGCGGUCGGCGAGCUCAUCGACGUCUCCUGCUACGUGAACGCCUCCUGGUUCUCCACGAUCCAGGACGUGCUCUACCCCGCCUGGGACGAGCUCUCCCAGUCGGUGACCAUCCAGGAAGUCAUCGACUUCGUGCACCUCAUCAACCCGCCCGCGAACCUCGCGCAACACUACUUCGUGCCCAACCCGGUCACGGGCCAGGGGCUCUCCCCGAAGUGGGAUUUCACCUCGAGCGGCAAGUUCGAGGGCAACCCAGAGGCGUACGUCAUCGGGAGGGUCAACGGCACGCUCUCUAGCCCGGACGACCCCAUCAGCAAAACUGCAUACUACUUAAGCCGUCUUGACGGACCUUACGAGCUUUCACGCCUUAGAUUCUUGCUUAACAAUCACUUACCCUCCUUAUGUACUUGAUCGAAUGAACGCCAAAUAGCAACGAUAGAAUCAAGCAGAUACUAAGCGCGAGUAAGGAACAUUGUACAAUCAAG